AUGCCUCAAAAUACCCUCAAUCUCGUUUUGGACUUUGACGGUACCAUUACGACAAAAGAUACAAUCGGUACACUAGCAGAAAUCGGCCUCCAAUUUCAGCAGCAGCGCGGGGUCGAUCUCUCUUCGAACUGGCAGGAGAUCCUCCAAGAUUAUAGCAAAGACCAUGCCGACCAUGUGUCCACGUAUCUUCCAAUCGCAAAUAAGAGACGCUCGCUUGAAGGCGAGCUCGCCUUCUUGCGGGGUCUGAAGGAAGUUGAGUCGCGAUCUGUUCAGAGAGUGGAGAGGUCAGGCAUCUUCCGGGGCAUCAGUCGGGAAUACCUUACACUUAUCGGUGAAAAUUGCCGGAGAGAAGGAAGAGUCAAUCUGAGGGAUGGCUUUGCGGAGCUCAUGGACGUUGCCAAACAGAAAGGCUGGUCCGUCGCGAUAGUCUCCGUCAACUGGUCGGGAUCAUUCAUCAAGGGUGUUCUUUCGGACUAUAGCGUCGACAUCGUCGCUAAUGAAAUAGAGUUGGAUGGAAGCAUCUCAGGGCCAGAAGUGAUGGGUUCAACGGCGCGGCAGCCGUCCCUGAUGACGUGCGAGGAUAAGCUGCGAGCUCUUCAAAUAUUCGCAGCUCGUCAAGGGGUGGAAGAUAUUGGGACGCUGGUGUACUUUGGUGACUCCACUACAGAUAUUGAGUGUCUUUUGGCAACACAAGGGUUUGUGAUUUCAUCCAACGCCGAGUCGAGUUUGAUGAAGACUUUGAGAAGAAUAGGGUAUCGAGUGCCAAAGGUGGAGGAUGGUCGGGCGUCCGAAGGCACAGCAUGGGCAUCGACGUUUGUAGAGGUUCUCAAGAGUGGGCUCCUAUCUUUAACGGAAACACUGUAA